AUGGAUAAGAAUCCAAAGAAAACUCUUCGAAAGAUCAAGUACGCUCCAAAAAUUCCCCGGACGAAAUCGAGACCUCAAUCAACGAAAAUCGAAGAAGAACGCGUUGAAGAAGAUGAAUACAAGAGUGAUGAGAUUCAAGCUACCAUUCGUCGUUUGAAGGAAAAUACUGCGAGACGCCAAUCUAAAGUUGAAAAACAAUCCAGAGUGCAAGAUGCAUUUCCUGGAAGUUCAUCACUUUCCCCGAGAACACUUCGCAGUGGUAGUAAAAGAAGUGGAUUAGAAUUGAAUUUUUCUGCUAAUGAGAAAAAUGGUUCAACAUAUUCUUCAACUUCAAUUGAAGAUUUCUAUACUUCUGUGAUGCAUGCCACUGAUGAUUCCACCGAUGAAGAAGACUACAAGGAACUAUGGAAUUGUCCGGACUCGAUCUAUCCUGUUACUCUUCCUUUGAGGAAACCCAAUUCUGGAAAUCCAGCAAUUCUUGAUGAGGAAGAAUUUGGAGUGGCUGCUACUAAUGUGGAAUAUGACGAUAAACCUCUUAAUUCUGCCGAAGAACUCGGGCUGUUGGACCAUAGUGAGCAACCAAAGAUGAUUAUCUUUCAACUUCCGACUGUACUGCCUGGUAUCAAGCAACCGGUGAGCCGGAAGGGGAAGGAAAAAAUGGGUGCGUCAAACUCAGCAAAGCCGAAAAAGGGGAGUAACUUGUUGCAGAUUCGGAGUGGAUGUAUCGGCAAAAUGCAGGUGUAUAAGAGUGGAGCAGUCAAAUUAAAAAUUGGAGAAACCCAGUACGAUGUGUCUGCAGGUACAAAAACUAUAUUUUAUCAAGAUGUUGUUGCAAUUAACCCUGGAAAGAAAGACUACUCGGUACUCGGGGCGGUUACCGCUAACACAAAGGCAGUUGUAACUCCUGAUCUUGAUUCCGUUGAUUUGUUAAAAGACUGA